AUGGUCUCUAAUAUUCUUAUACCUGCUAUUUCAAUCUGUCUCCUAGCAUCCAUUAUCCCUGCCUACAGAGACUAUCAACUUUUCAUGUCAUAUGGCCCCGGUGGAGUCCCUCACAACGCCCUUGGAUGGCUACGCUCCAGGUUCAUAGCGACUCCUUUUGGACGGGAGAUGUUCGAUACCAGGGAAUAUCAAGACAAGAUCAACGCCGGGGAAACGGUAACUUAUAUUUUCCCUGAGGAGGAGCUAUCACAACGUAAAGGGGGGACUCCACAGGUCGGGCCUCAUGCAAUUCCGCAAAGACAAAUGAGCCACUUACCAGAUGAGGAUACUAAGCAGAAACUAAGAGAAGCUUUUGAUAUGUUCGCGGCUAAAAAUGCCAACUUAGUCAAAAUGGCUACCUCGUUCUAUGAAACACACACUGAUGCAAUGUGGCUUACUGAACAUGGCGUUCCAUUGUCGUCGCGGCCGCCGGAAGCCCUAGCAGUGCGAGGCGAAGUCGCUCAUGUUCAUGGUACGAGUGACCACUCGCUCCAUCUGUUAUUGUCCCCCGCAGAUGCCAAAAAGGUUAUUGACGCUGGCUGGGGUCAGAGACAUGCUUUUUCAGGGGCAAAACUCGUGGCGAUGGUAACGCGUGGUAAAAUAGCAUUACCAGGGAGCUACAUGCUUAUUUAUGCACCCAGAAAUACAAAGGAAAUUGAGAUUGUGAUGGAGAUAGUCAAAGCAAGUUUACAAUAUAUGUCUGGAGGUCUGGACGUCCGCCACUGA